AUGCCUAUCCAAUCUCGUUGGACAACGCCGGUGCCAGAAGUCUCUUUGACAACUUGGUUGUUCGGAUCUGCUUCUGCACCUCUACCGGAUCGCAAGGUGUUUAUCGAUACUGAGAACCCUGAUACAAGGUUCCUGACUUUCUCGGAUUUUCGGCUAUGGUCCGCUAGAACCGCUCUGGGCCUUCAGCGAUCUGGAUUACGCCGUGGCGAUCGCGUUCUGGUGUUUAGUGGAAAUGAUAUUUUCUUCCCCGUAUUGUUUACGGGAAUCAUCAUGGCAGGUGGCAUAUUCACAGGUGCUAGCCCUGCAUUUACCCCGAAUGAGCUCGCUCAGCAGUUGAGUGAUAGCGGCGCAAGCAUUGUUUUUGCCGCUACCGGAUUACUCCGUACUGCACAAGAAGAAGUGAAGUUGGUGAGCUCAUAUCAAAUUCGAACAUAUGCCUUUGAUCACAGUCUUGGAAAUUGCAACCCAAAAGAUUUCGGUGCUGGAAGCUGGACGAAACUCCUCGCAGACGCCGAGGAUGUGAAAGACUUUGACUGGGUUGAACCUUCCGACCCUAAGUCAACGAUAUGCUGCCUCAACUAUAGUUCUGGAACAACUGGGAAGCCCAAGGGUGUUGAGAUCAGCCAUUACUCGUAUGUUGCAAAUGGAGAAGCUGUGGUCCUCCACAAUCGCCUCUACCCCAACCACAAGAAGAGAACGCAAAGGUCACGAGUUCUCUGCUUCAUGCCUAUGUACCACGCAGCCGCACAGACACAGUAUGCCAUCAAUUUCCCAAAGAUGGGAGUUCCCACGUAUGUCAUGCCUGCAUACAAUUUCGAAAAGAUGCUUCAGCAUGUCCAAGCCUUUGAGAUCUCCUAUCUGGGCUGCGCGCCGCCAAUAAUGCUCUCUCUAGCGAAAAGCUCGCUUUGCAAUAAAUACGAUCUGAGUAGCAUCACCGAGAUCACGUGCGGAACUGCACCUCUCGCGCGAGAAGUUGCUGAGGAAGUACAAAAACUGUGGCCCGUCCCCUUGAGAAUCGGCCAGGGGUGGGGCAUGACCGAGCUCACUUGCACUAGUACAAUCUGCCAUCCUACAUGCGAAGAUAUAACAACUGUUGGAGAAGCGGCUCCAAAUAUCACUAUCAAGAUAAUGGACGGAGAUCGAGAAAUAACCCAGCCUAACAAGGCUGGCGAGCUUUGGGUGGCUGGUCCAACCGUCAUGAGAGGAUAUUGGCGGAACCCCAAGGCAACUCGAGAAUCUGUGGUUGAGGAUAGUGACGGCACUCGGUGGCUAAAAACCGGUGAUAUUGGCUACGCAGAUCGCUACGGGCCAGGAGCUCUGUUAUAUAUUGUAGAUCGGCUCAAGGAGUUGAUCAAGGUCAAAGGAUUUCAGGUCGCACCAGCUGAGCUAGAGGGCCUUCUCCUUGACCGAAAGGACGUUAUAGACGCUGGCGUGGUUGGAGUGGUGGUAAGCGGGGAAGAGCUUCCUCGGGCAUACGUCGUCAAGAACUCGGAUGUGACGGAGCAGGAAAUCAUGCAAUGGGUGGAAAGCAAACUAGCAAAGUACAAGUGGCUCAGAGGUGGCGUGGCUUUCGUUGAUAACAUUCCCAGGACUCGGUCGGGCAAGAUUGUCCGCAGGGUACUCCGGGAACGAGCUCAGGCAGAGGUGGGAAACCAACAAUCAGCCGUGUCGAUCAGAGCAAAGCUGUCCUAA